AUGGCGGUCACUGCAUGCGCCGGCUUCGCCUCCGCCGGUAUUCACCCCUACAGGAAUAACGGCGCACCCGCAACUCCGGGAGUUCCUGUCCCUGGUUCCGCGUGGGUCGACAAAGACGCUCAGGCGAUUCAGGACAACACUUGGGCGAUCGAGGCCGACAAAUCCAAACUUGCCUCCAGACAGCAUGCCCGCGAUGUAAGGGCUUAA